AUGCCUUCUCCCCGGAAACCAUCCGCCACAGCGAUCCUCUUCCUCCUCCUCCACAGUGCGAGCUUCGCAUCCUCACAAACCACCGUAUCACCCAACUAUGCCUCCGAGAGCCCCUCUAUCUAUCAGGAAUACAACUUUACUUAUCCCACCUACGCAACCGACCAAACCAUCCUCACAUCCUACAAGGACAGCAUCGACGUCUCCUGGACCUCAAUUGCUCCCCACCACCCGCCAAGUCUCUCAAUUGAGUGCUGGAUCCGAAAUGCUACAACCAGCCCCAUAUACGCCAGCCGCCGACCAGACUACGGAUCCAACCUCACUACCUUCGCUCUAGCCAACGAAUCUAGUUACCUCCUUGAACUUGCGACUUUCCAGGAAUACAGCCCUUGCCAGCUCAUCCUUCAAGAUUUCGACAUUUUCAAUGCCUCGAACGGUUCGAGCUUUACAAAGAACAACAAUAAUCCGGUGUUCAGCAAUAUAUUCGCUAUCAGCGUGCAGAAUCAUUCAGCUGGCGUAACUUGGAGCGCGAAGAGUCCGGCGCCGGAACAGACGGGUACAGAUGGUAUAGGAGGAGGUACAUCGAAGAGUGUGGCUGGAAACAUUCGUGCAGGAGUAUCUAUGGCAUACGCAGGCUUGGUAGGGGCAAUAGUGGUUACAUUGAUGUUAUGA